AUGAAGGGUAGUCCUGGGCUGACUGUUCAAUCCGUGCAAUCGCUUCAAAUGCAGUCUCUUCAGCCUGUAAGGAAUUCUCAAACAAUGACUACAAAGGUUGCAAUGACACGAGAGGAAUUAGAUGAAAAAAAGAAGAGUUUUAUUGGAUUAUUAACUGAUACUGUUGAGAAAUCAUUGAAGGAAGAAUACAAGAUUUCAAAAUCAAUUUUGGAGGACCAAAAGAAGGAUGAAGGAUUGAAUGAGGAAGAUGAAAACUUUUUAGAUAAUGAAAUGGAAAAUCAUAAAUGUGGAGUUUGUUUUGAAUUAAUGUUAGAUAAUGAUCACACACCAAUGAUGAUUGUACCAUGUGGACACUGUUUUUGUAAGAAUUGUUUAGGAUUAUUGUCAAAUAAGAAAUGUCCAACUUGUAGAGCUCCUAUCAAAUCACAAGCUGUUAACUUUGCUCUUAAACAAGUGAUUUCCUCUUACUAUGAAUUAAAACAGCAAAAAGAAAAGAAAAAACAAGAAUCAAUAACGAAUGAAAACAGAUUAUCAACAAGUGGAGGAAUAGAUCCUUCCAUUGUUUCGACUUUCAAAUCAAUAUUGAGCAAAACAAGUGGUGAAAAUAGAGGUGAGGUUGAAAAGUAUCUGUCUCAAUUCGUUAAAGCAAAAACCAGAUUGAACAUUCUAUCUGAUUCACUUGGAGAAACAUCUAGAGAUAUAGAUACACUGAAAAAACAUGAACUUAUAGCCGAGACACAUUUGAAUCAAUUUAAUGAGGAUCACACUGGACUAGUUAAAGAAAUUGAAGAAAAGAUGAAACAAUUGGAAGAAUUGAAAAGAGCAAUUGAGGAACAAGAGCGAGUAGUAAGUACUUUAAUGCGUCAACUAUUUAUGUAA